GUACAGCCACAACCCUGCCCACACUAGUCCGGCACACACGAGGCCACCACACGGGCCCAAGAGAUGAGUGCAGGCGUCAACGACCACGCGGUCCUCAGCCGUGACAGCAUUGAGUGUGAGAGCGCACAACGUGUUGGCGUUGGAGCAAGCGGUCCGGCACAGCUCGGCCCACUACUCCCCUCCACUCCCGCCCUACCCUGCAUCCGAGAAGGCCAAACGGCUCUACCCUGCCUCCGAGAAGGCGAGCCCUCUCUCUUGGGCGAGGAAGUACUCGCACUAGACAACGCCCAGGGGUGCGAUGAACCAUGGGGUGACUGGGAGCAGCAGCAGCAGCUGCAGCAGCAGCUGAGGCAGGAGAGGUGCGAGAGUCGAGAGCAGCAACAGCUACAGGAAGAGGAAGCUCGUCAACCCGUGCAGUCACGGGAUGACGACGCCUCCUCCUCCUCUCGAGAAGGCCGGCCAAUGCUAGAGGACUCUGCUGGACUUACUUGGUUGGCGGCAAGCAUUGGUCGGGGGCAGCCAGGUGAAGACAGCUUGGGCGCCUGUGUUUUGGAUCUAAUGAUCACUCUGUGUUGUAUCUACCCAAACUGCGCCACCACUGCCAACUACACAACAAACAGCAACUACCAUUCUGUUGUCAUACCACACCCCCAAACUUUUUAUUGCGGGAGGAAGAGAGAGAAGUGGGCUUUCUGCUUCAACCCGGGCGCGCUGACACUUGGCAUCACGUCGACGCAGCGGGUGGAGAGAAUGAACGCCGUCCUGAAGCACCUGAUUUCCCGAUAUAGUUCCCUCUCGAGGUUGGACGCUGCUCUAGAGACCGUGGAGGCGAAGCUCCACCUAGAGUCGGAAAGGGGCAACAACGACAAGGUUCUGAUGAAGCACCCUACCUGGAGCAGCGGGGUUCUGGGGACUAUGCUCAAGUUCUUUGAGCCAAUUGGGCAGGCGCUCAAGCAACUCGGAGCAAGCAACUACGCCUUGGAUGUAACCAAAUCGGAGGCGGUAGCAGCCAUGACGUACGCGACGGAACGGCUCGCCCAGGGCUCGGAUGCAGUGACAACUCUGCUGCCGACGCUAAGCCGCGGGGAGGGCGGCGUGCGUUUCGCCACCGCUCCGGAUUCGAGGGACUUGCCAAAUAUCGACGACGACGGUGGCGACGAUGCCACCAUGUACGCUCGGACAUCUCUCCCCGCCUUUUGCGCUUUGCUGCACGGGCAGGACAUCACGGAAGUGUACAAGAUAUCCUUUCGUUCGGGCGGUGCGGAUGGGCGAGCCCAUCUCGUCGUGACGGGGCCAGGGGGCUUUUACCUUUGUUCUUGCCUCCACCUGCUCCACACCGGCCGCUUCUGCCGGCAUUUCCUGGCAGUGCUGGCGGAUUUCUUCGCGAAGGGCGGCUGGGAGUUUGACCCGGCGUGUCUUCACCCGAGGUGGCGGGAAGAUGAGAGGCCUUGGAGCAUGGCCUCCAUCGCCAGGAAGACGAUACGGGAGGAGCCGUGUACGGAGGGCGCAGACGACGCGGCAGCUGGCAUUGUUGCGGAGCGGGAGCGUGUGACCAAGAUAAAGGCUGCCGCGAGCAAUGUCAUCCACGCCGACUGGGUCGCUUUGGGAAAGGAGUGGGGGCAACAGGCGUCGUCGUCGGGGCUCAGCAUCCCCGGGAAUGAACGUCUCAUGCGGCAGAUGAAGGCAAUUUUUGACCUCACCCUCAAGAGCGAGCUUGAGUCGGCCAAGACUGCCGGUGGCACCACGACCAUCACAUUUUCAGGCACCCGUCGUCAGGCAGUGGACCCCAGCUCACCCGCCGGCAGCGGUGCCGUGGACGGGGGAGGGGCAGCGGUGGCAGGUCGGGGCCGCGGUGGACGAUCGACUGGGCGGGGGCGGGGUCGUGGGGGGCGUGUCGCAGCGGAGGGAGGGGGUCGGGGCCGGGGCCGGGGCCGGGGCCGGGGACAGGGACAGGCUUCUGGUGUGGACGAUCGGGUGGUGGAAGGUGGCCAUCGAACGUGUGAAGCAGCGGGGGAGGGCGCCGCGGGAGAAGUGCGUGCCGAUCACCUCACGGCCGCGGGUGGGGGCGGCCUGCUCUCGUCGCCGUGUGCAGACGUGGAACGCCGUUCGCAAACCCGCUCUCUCCCUCUCCAACAGUCAGUGGGCGUCGAACGCAGGAACGGAGAGCAGCCGUCAGGGGGAGGACCGGGGAGGACGGACGUUACGGGGGGUACUUCCAGCAAUGCAAGCGUCGCUACCCUUUUCAGAGCGGGAGCAAUACGGGGGCUCAUGGGUGGACUCUAGGACGGGGGUGGGGUCUCGGGCGGGCCAUGGGGUAAGAGGGGAGGGGUACGGCGACUCAUGGGUGGACUCUGGAAUGGGGGUGGGGUCUCGGGCGGGCCAUGGGGUAGGAGGGGAGGGAUACGGCGGCUCAUGGGUGGACUCCGGGAUGAGGGUGGGGGGAGGGACUGGCGAUGAAUCUAGACGUAGCGCGGAUCCUGGGUAUUUCCCAGCUUGUUACGCAGAGAGUGCGGCUCGACCGUCCGUUGCAAAGCAGUUAGUUAGUGGCGGAGUGGAAAAUAGAAGUGCGCACGGGGGAGGCAUCGGAGAGGUUGGCUUUCCUUCCCACGAAAUAAGUGGGAGCGGUCGUCGUUUAGCGCCCGCCGAGCUACCGCUUUUUGCCGAAACGUCCAUGGUACGACCUUCCCCGAGGGCUCCACUCAGAGCACAGCAAAAACGUAAAAAAUCAAGUACAGAAUCUGGUGCCUCAGGUCGGAGCAAGGGGCUAUUUAAAGUGUGGUAAAGAGGGGAUGGAUUUUCAAAUGUUGCUGCUUUCGGGCUCAGUAUUUUGGUGUUCUUGUACGGUGUACGGUGAUGCACGAAUUUGUUUUUCACGUGCUGUUGGGCUGAUUGCCUUCUGGCAGAUGUAAUACAUAUAUGCCGUACGGUGUGGCAUCAAUAGCUGUAUAUCUUCCCCUCUUUUUUUCACCAUGAGUUUUGUACAAAUAAACGGGUUUUUGUGUGUAUUCUGCGUGGGAUGUUUGUUUCUGUCGUAUAUUUAAUAUUUACCCUCGUAGGCCAGGGGCCAGCCGGAUCGUGUUUUGUUGUGUGUGUGCUCAUCUGUUUUGCUUACGUUCUAUGCAUGCAUGGUCUUUCUUGGUUUCAGUGCCGGCAGCGUGUGCGCGUGACCCUA